GCUCUGUCCUCGUGUUGACAAUGGCGGCUCUUUCGAUUUCUUUACUAGUCCGUUCGAAUCACCAGUUCAAAAGACAAGUGUUUGAUAUUUAGCUGUCGAAAGCGAACAUGGAGAAAUCGCUCCUCAUCCACCUCAGCUUCUACUUGAUUUGUUGACCAAGCAAUCACCACUAAUUUCCGUCUUCAAAAGUAAACGGAGGACGAGGAAGACGAAACCAGCGAGGCGAUUCCCAUGGCCGCGUGAGCCCUUGCUUGCUCUCUCCCGCGCGCGCCGGUUCUUUUGGUUGCUCUUCUGGGUGUUGUCUCCUGCUGUCGGUUGGUCGUUUUGGAACCGCACGCGCGCUUCGCAGAUGAACCGUUGCGCUCGUUCGUCCUUCGGCAACGCGUCCCCGUCCGGUUCUCCGGCGAGCCGCGACGGCCGAGGGCCGUCGGUCAUGCAGAGGCGGCUCACGAGGCAGAGGAAGCUCCGGUAUGCGACGGACGACGAGAUCGGGUUGGUCCAGGUGGGCGGCCUGUCGCGGUCGAUGCCGGUUUCGCCCCAGUCAACGCCGAACACGCGGUCGCCUGGGAGGUCGGAAAGCUGGUGGUCGACGGCGGUGCCUCAACCGCUGCCGUUGCCCGAGAUGGCUUCUUCGUGGGUAGCGCCGGAUAGAACUGGAUUGACCGAGGAAGGAUCCGCCUCCGAGGUAGGGAGGAAGAACAAUGGGCAUGUGUCCCCAAAAUCAGCUAAACCUUCAACAUACUCCAAAACGGUUUUUCUGCAAGACUUGAGUUUGGACAAUCACAACUUGCGGAUCAAUAUACCAGCCAGGAGCGCUCCAGCUAGUAGUCUGUCAAGCCCUCAUCUUAGCCCCCAGAAUCCGGCUACUGGGUACUUUUCCUGUAAAUCAACGGUUCCAGACGGUUGGUCUACUUUGAAAGGCCAAACUCCAACCUUACCAAAAUCUUUGGGUCAUCUUUCUCCACUUCAAAGCCCGACUUCAAGCACUCCCAGCCCGAACCGCAAAAGUCCUCGUUGUACUGCAUCGUGGUAUCAACACAAAUCUCUUUCCGAGACUUGCAUAGCUCAGCUUAAUGCCCAUCCAUUACCUCUUCCCCCUUCAACGUCAAAUAUCAGCCAUGCCGCAGAAAGGCAAAACUUGGCAUCCGUGACUGGUCAGUGGCAGAAAGGGAAACUUAUUGGACGUGGUACAUUUGGGAGCGUUUAUGUUGCAACCAACAGAGAAACAGGAGCUUUAUGUGCAAUGAAAGAAGUUGACCUAAUAAUGGAUGACCCAAAAUCUAUUGAAUGUGUGAAGCAGCUGGAGCAGGAAAUCAGAGUUCUUAGACAAUUCAAGCAUCCGAAUAUCGUGCAAUAUUAUGGUAGUGAAAUUGUUGAUGAUCACUUCUACAUAUAUUUGGAGUAUGUCCAUCCGGGAUCAAUUAACAAAUAUGUCCGUGAACAUUGUGGAACUAUGACUGAAUCAGUUGUUCGCAAUUUCACCCGUCACAUUUUAUCUGGGCUUGCUUAUUUACACAACAAACGCACAAUUCACAGGGAUAUAAAAGGGGCAAAUUUACUUGUUGAUGCCACUGGUGUAGUCAAGCUUGCUGAUUUUGGGAUGGCAAAACAUCUCACAGGACAGGUUUCCAUUCUCUCUCUGAAGGGUAGUCCUUAUUGGAUGGCUCCGGAGGUCCUGCAGGGAUCUAUGACAAAGAAGAAGACGAGUCCUGAGGUUGCUUUUGCAGUUGAUAUAUGGAGCGUUGGUUGUACCAUCGUUGAAAUGCUGAACGGAGUGCCUCCUUGGGGUGAACUAGAAGGGCCUCAAGCGAUGUUCAAAGUUUUGUAUCGAAGCCCUCCCAUACCAGAGAAGCUGUCGUCAAUAGGAAAGGAUUUCCUACAGCGUUGCUUCCAAAGAAAUCCCGCGCAUAGACCUUCAGCUAAGGAGCUGCUACAGCAUCCUUUCUUGAGAAACUCUUGCGAUCAAACCGGUUCGAGCUUUAGACCACCUUGCGAACUCAAAGGGAUGGGUAAAUCACUUCAGGCGCGAAGAUGACAAACGACCCCUUGGUAUGCAAAUGAGGAGUGCUUCUUUGAGAUACUCCCGGGUACAUGUUGUAAUGCAGUUAAAUCUGCACCGCGACCUUUUCUACUUGUGUCUUACAUAAAGAGUUGCCCUAUUCCUCUUGUACCGUGGCUUCAUUCUCAUCCAUUCUUUUGGUAGCUAACCCGGUUCAGCAACUAACGGAAAAAA